CCAAUUGUAAAAACAAUAAAUAUGCAAUAUAAAAUUUUUCAUUGCGGCACACAACAUGAAACUUGUUAGCCAUAAAUUCAAGAAAACCCAAAAUCACGUUCCACACCACCACCGACCGCACUCACUACUGACAGAUGAACAAGUUACAUUCGACAAAAAACAUGGGUUUUAAAAACAAAAAUGAAAUACGAAUAAAAAUAAAAAUAAAAUAUCCCAGCAAGCGAGCAUUGUUCGAUAAUUAAGUCAAUUAAAUUAUUUAGCUGUCAGUUGAUGGUGGCUGCCUCUUGUUUUAUUCAUACGAUUUUAAUUGUUUCAAUGCAGCAGCAGCACCACCAGUAGCUGAUGUACGUACGAACCAUCACUAUACGAGGAGUAUACCCUAUACAACUUUAUAGGUAGAUAAAAGGUAUACGGAGCGGAGGUACAUCCAAGUGCAGUGAUGCAGAAGUUUCCACUCCGGAAUCAAUGUAAGCCGAACAACAAUAAGGCAUUUGGAAGCAGUGACACCCACAUUCAAAUAAAAGGACGAGAACGAGAACAGCAAGGACGAGAUUGUUACAGUUGCAGUCCUCACAAAAUGCCACCACCUGCACCUGCAACUGCAACUGCUUUUGCACCUCAAAGGACACAACAAAGGAUAUACCAACCAAUAGCAUCUGAUGCUACUUCACUUGAAAAACGUCAAUUGUCAAUGGAAAAGCCAGCAGUGAAAGUUUGUAGUCGAGUUUUUACCAAAGAAGGGGCUGAUGCUGAAAAUGUUGCCACUUGGAAUGAUGUUUUGAGUAGGAGCAGUUUUUGUAGUAUUCGUAAAGACUACUCCAAGCACAAAUUGAAGCAGGACCAAAAACAGAAGCAGCAUCAGACGACAUAAAUGUUCAAAAGAUCCUUGUAGAGAUUCAACAAACCAUCAAAAGGAUAAGGAUUCCAAAUAAUGCAACCGAACCAGUAUUGCAACAGCAACCAGCAGCAAAAGCAAUACGAA